GCGGUGCGUGGUGCAUUGUCGUCACUCCCGAAUCUUGCAUUAGUGUGUAGUUUCGGUGGUAGAUGUCGCCUAAAAACAAAGAUAAGAAAGGAAAGCGUGCAUCAGGACAGUUGAAGACUCAGAAUGGAAAGAAGCAUGGCGCCAUCGUUGUCGACGUAUCGUCGGGGAAGAUGGUGUCUGAUGACGUCAUUGCGGAACGGAAGGUACUGGAGACGGCCCUGGAGAGAGCGCUGUUCCGCUGGUUCGAGCGCUACCAGCAACAGCAACAGCGGGAGCGCCAUGGUGGGGGUGACGAGGUCCGUGUCACCGUUCUCCUCAGCACAGCUGAACUGCGCAAGAAGGCCCUCAGCAUAGCACGGCGACUCGGCGCGUCACGUGACCUCCUGGACCUCGUCACCAGGGCGUGGAUCCGACGCUGGCAGACGCGGUAUGGAGUCCCGAAAGCGUCUUCCACUCCACCGCCUCUCCCAACCCAAUCGGCGGACGUUACUAUAACGGUGACCUCUGCAGAAAAAAGCGAGGUGCAAGAAGGCGCAGUGCCGAGUCCAUCCGAACAGUUGCGACAGAUACUUCGGAAUGGAGAAUACACGGCCGAUCAGGUGUACUGCGCAUACGGCUUCCAGCUAGAUUGGAAGUCCCUUCCCGACCGCACCCUCGAGGAGACGUCGCCCAACGACAAGGUGUGGGUGCUGAUGGCUGGCAACCGCACCGGAAGACACCGAACUCGUAUGCUGAUCACGGGCCGACUAUGGCGCCCGUCGUGUUUGCGCCACGUCAACAUGUUGAGCCAGCCUGUUGUUUAUGCUGGAGGGGGGAGUGGCACUGUGACCCCUGAUCUCUUUACCUGGUGGUUCCACCACGAGUUUGCCCCCGCAGCUGCUACUUUGCACCCACGCGGAGCUAUCCUCGUGAUUGAACAAGCUCCGUUUGUACCACAAGAAUCGGAGUGCGUCGCUGCUGAUGGGGCAGUGAGAUUGGUUGUGUAUCCGAAAGGAAACUUUGGUGAUGGGGCUGUGCUGGAUCAUGGCCUUGUGGUAUCGGAGUUCAGGACGAGGUACGCUAUGAUGCUUCUGUCGAGCGUCACCGCGAACAGUACGGACCAUCAACACGCCACGUUGGUGUCUGAUUAUCUAAGGAAUUUCGUGCUUAAAGACGCCUUCCCGAUGCUGCACCGUUCGUGGCUCAACCUGAGAUCCGAGACCUUCUUGAGGUGCUGGGACAGAGUAGCAUCUCUGACUAACGAGGAACCCGGUCCGUGUUCCGAAAUACUGCCCUGUACUCUGGCCCUGUCAUCCUCAGGAGCAAAUGCCGCGCAUGCUCAAGAAGACCGCAUGAUGCUGCUGGAACUUCAGUGGCUUUCGCACGACCUCGGUCUCGAAGUGACUGACGAUGACCUGGCAACUUGGGCCCAGGACUCCCGGUCUGAGGAUGUUUCCCUGGAGAGCGUAAAGGCGGAGCCAGUGGACGAGACCUCGGAGGACGCGGUCCCCGCUUUGCCUACUCCUGUGGAGGCGGCAGACCAUCUCGCACGUGCGCUCUUGUGGAUGGAGACAGAGCCUCUGGACCCGGCGCUCCUGCUGGUGGUCCGAGAUAUCAUCACCCUCGCGAAACAGGCGAGCAAGAUGGGUUUGGCCGCCACUCACCCCGGCGCCACACUGCCCUUCUUCUGCCAUAACGGGGACCACCUGACACAGCCUCCCCCUGCCCACAUGGGGAUUCCUCCUUAUCAGCUGGACCCAAAGGGGGCGAGUGCUAUGGGUGAGUACUGGCGGGGUCUGGGGUUGGGGCUACGAACUUCGCCAGGGGCACCCCCGACGUCCACGGGCGGAGGCAGUGUUUCCGCCACCGCCGCAAGUCCACCGACGCCAUCCGCGGGGGUGGGGCUUAGUGCGGGGGAUUGGAAGAGACUGGGUCCCCUCCUAGCAGCGUCAGGUCUCACGAGGCCGCCCAUGUACCCGUUUUCUGCAGGCCAGUACCCGUAUCCUAUGCUCAGUCCCGAGAUGUCGCAGGUCGCCGCUUCAUGGCACACCCCUAGUAUGUAUCCGAUCUCAACGGCGGGUGGUGGGUUUCGAAGUCCGUACCCCUCGUCUUUACCCAUCACAAGUACAAGUUUAUCCAGCGAUUUUUACAGGUUUUCACCGACAGGGCUGAUUCCGCCGCACCCUGGAUUAAGCCCCCAUUCCCACCCCCAUUCCCACCCUCACUCGCUAGCGUCGCACCCCGCAAUCGUCACGCCAGGCCCCAAACAGGAGCUGUCGUCACAUCAAGUGGACCACAACCACAGGUCGUCUUCAAUGGACCAGAAGAAUUCCACCUCCUCGACAACGGAGGGAUCAAAAACUCAGGACUCGGGACAGACAAGUAAUAACCAAGACAAAAAGAAGCCACACAUCAAGAAACCGCUGAACGCCUUUAUGCUGUACAUGAAGGAGAUGCGGGCCAAGGUGGUGGCGGAGUGCACACUCAAGGAGAGCGCGGCUAUCAACCAAAUACUAGGCCGACGGUGGCAUUCGCUAACACGGGAAGAACAAGCAAAAUACUAUGAGAAGGCGCGCCAGGAGCGGCAGCUUCACAUGCAGCUGUAUCCAGGCUGGAGCGCCAGGGAUAAUUAUGGAUACGGCGCAAAGAAGAAGAAGAGAAAGAAAGAACGAUCAGCCGACCCAGGAGGAAACAGUAUGAAAAAGUGCCGUGCCCGAUACGGUCUCGACCAGCAGAGCCAGUGGUGCAAACCUUGCAGGCGCAAGAAAAAAUGCAUACGGUACAUGGAGUCGAAUGAGAGUAUGGAUGGGAACCAGUCGGAGGACAACCUGGGGAGCUGUGGCAGCGUGGGUGAUGCAAACACUCCUCCUGAAGAUGACCGGGAGAGUAUCAACCACUCUUUAUCAAGUCCUGGUGGACUGAGCGGACUGUCCAGCCUCACCAGCCCCUCUAUGAUACUACCGAGCCCAAGCACGAGUCUGGCCAGUCCGUCGGUGAGUCUGGCAAGUCCGUGCAUGAGCUUGCAGAGUCCGCUGACGCCACAUGAUGCGUCGGCAUUCGAGUGCAAGACCCCGAUGAAUGGACUAGGUGGAGGCAUCUUGCCUCCGCAUCAACCCCCCUCGGCUUCCUCGAACGCAAGUGGCGGUGGAGGAGGAUUACCUUCUGUGCACCACCAUCAUCCUCCACACCAUCCUCCACCUACCGGCCCACCUUUGCAUCGCAACCCUGUGGGCACCAACCCACAUGAUAUAAACAAUCCCCUGAGUGUGAACCAGUUAACGGGACAGUGCAUUAAGACAGAGACAGGUGGCAGUGGCAAGGACGCGUCUUCAAAUUCGGCUCGAGCCGUGAUAAGUGUCACGUAGCAUCUAGCCAAGCGGCCAAAUGCCACAUCACCGCCGCCAGCAGAAGCCGUGUCCUGGGACACGGCACGUUCCUUGCAAGCAUCUGACUUCUAACGUGCGUAGAUAGGAAGUGAUUGCAUGUGGUGAUGGCUUUUAAGACAAUCAAGACCACAAGAAAGAAGAAAUACUCAGGAUGAAGUGUCAAAUACUAACAUGACGUGUAACAAAUUAAAGAAAGUGCAUUUUUUGCAAACUUUUUUUCAUACGUAUGUGUGGUUUUUUGUUUUGCCCAAAUACGUGUCACAAUUCUUUUUUUAUUUUUUCAAAGAAAGAAAAGCAAAAUAAUGUUCCUUUGUGCCAGAAACGUUAUUUCUUUUGUUCGUACAUAUGUUGUUUAAUUUUUACAAGUCUAUGUUAUGCUGCCAAUUAUGUGCUAUGUUUCUUGAUUUGUUUUAAUGAGUGAUUACAUGUUUUAAUCUCUCUUGUGGGUCUAGCGUCAACUGUUUUGUAGUGCUUACAACUUGGGUCUUGACACUCCGGAAUCUCAGUGGCUGACAUCACAUUUAAACAGAACAUAUUUUAGAAAAUUCAGCAGUCCCAUGAAAGUUUUACCAACCAAAGCUCGUAAUAUUUUGUCAUUGUUGUCACUAUUUCAUUUCUUGUCCCUACGUGAUGUAAAUGUAUAGUUUUCUGUUGAAUUUUUAAAAUUUACGUAUGAAGUUGAGAAGGAAUAUUGAUAUAUGAAUUUUGUACAGUAUGUAUAUGAACGGAACGGUGUUUUGAGGUCAGAUGAUGGCCACAUGAGAGAGAUGAGUAAGGCAAAGUCUUGCCACAUAUUCUUAUUAGUCCUAAUUUUUGCAGAUCGUGUGAAGAAUCAGAUUUUGAGAACAGAGAUUGUGGAUGUACGCUGUUCUACUGUGCCAGGCUCUCUAAUUAUUGCUGUGAGAGUAUCUGCUGUGUAUCGUAACAGAAUAUAAUGUCAUCUAAAAAUAUCAGUUAACGUCAUUAAAAUUAUCCAGUUUGCAAAUUCGUAUUUCCUACCACAAUACAGGGCUAGUCUAAAUGAUGUUCCCGAUUUGAAACACGUUACUCACGUUUAAUGAAAUUCAGAUGCACAAAAUUGAUACCGAUGGAAAGAGAAACUCUCCAGUUUUGUUUCAGUACAUCACAGGUGUUCAAUGUGAGCCCCCUUGGUAACUCGGCACACAUCCAGCCUGCAGUCGAGUUCGUCCCUGACACGUUGCAGCAUAUCAUGAUCGAUUGCUGCAAUGGCUGCUGUGAUACACGCUCGCAGAUCAAGCAAGGUCUGUUGUAAGGGUGGCACAAAGACUCUAUCUUUGACGAACCCCCACAGAAAAAAAUCACGGCGUCAGGUCCGGUGAACGUGAAAAUCAAGGACGCGAAAGGCUCUCCUGUCUUCGAGGGCAGCCAUUUUCUCUCAUAUCGCCCCUGGCGGCGAACAGUGUUACUACACGGCCGCGAAGUGUACCAACAUAAACUUGGAGAGUUUCUCUUUCCAUCGGUAUCAAUUUUGUGCAUCUGAAUUUCAUUAAACGUGAGUAACGUGUUUCAAAUCGGGAACAUCAUUUAGACUAGCCCUGUACAAAUGUCUGCUAUGUACCAUUUUUUACUAAUAUAUAUUUUUCACGUUUUCACAUAUCCUACGUACAUAAUAGAAGCUAUUUAAGAUUAUGUCUUUGGUCAGAAGUAACUUUAGUUCAGCAAAGGCCCAGCGAAUAAUGAAUUGUGGCAACGUCUGAAGUUUAAACUAUUAGAGAUUAUUAACGAAGGUUCUGAUUGAGUAUUUGCAGCUUCGAUAAAACAAGAUUAUUGUAACGAAAUGUGUUAAACGUGCCGCUGCCUGUUCUCAAAUAAUGCAUUCUUCACAAACCCAGUACUGUAUAACCAAUUUAAACAAAAUAUUAGGCAGAAUAACAGGAAGAAAAGUGGUACUGUUUCCUUUUUGGAUUUUGUCAAUUUCUGUGUGCAUGUCCGACCAAUGGAGCUGUAUAAAUGUGAUAAUCUUGAGCUGGUGGAAGCCGUUGUCAGACAGGCACCACCACCUUUGUGCAAUUUUUGUUUCUAUUCUUAGUUUCAGUACUUUGUUUUCAUGAGAACAAAAACCUGCGCAAAAAAUACGCAGCAAGGUUACCAUUUUGAGUUUUAUGAAUGUUAUUCUUUUAUAAAUAUAUUCUGAAGAAAAUAAAGAAGUAAUUGAUACACACAGUAACGUUUACUGUAUUAUCAUAUUUACAGAAAUAAGGUUUCGAUAUGCGGUCGUGAUUUAUAUGUUUGGGUAUCUAGGCAAACUGAAGAAGAGAAAUAGUUUCUUUUCUGUUCGGAACGGACAUACGAAAAGAAUUUCAGAGCAAAAACCGGCCAUUCGCUAUAUCCCAAGUCACGCAGUCCACGUUACGUACGUCGAUAACAAAGCGAAUAGUUCUGGUAUUUGCUCUUAUCCAGGUCUGAUUUGUUGUUGUUCAAUUUAGUAUUUAUUAAUUAAGCUUCGACUUUUAGUAAAUUUUUAAAACGGACAGUAAACCUUUAUAUUGAAUAUUCUUUUAUGAUUAUUGUCAGUGCACUCCUUGUUAUACGACGGAAAUUAGCGACGUGUGUAUCGGUAUAUAUAUAUGUGUGUAUAUUCUUAUUAUAAGGCUGAUUUUAUUAUAGACGCAACUAGCUUUUUGCGCAGAGUUGUAUCGUAAAUGGUAACCUUGCUGCGGAAAAUGUUGUAAUGUUGACAGAACAUGAAUAUCUUACUUUUGAAAUAAAUAUAACAUCUUUUUAGACAUAUUUUUAGGCAAAUCUGGGUGACCUACAUGUUGUGAAGCUCGUCGUUAAGAAUUCAGUCAUUUACCAUGGAAGAAUGUUAUUUUUAAAAUAUAUUUGUGGCCAGUCUUGAUUUCGUCUCAUGUUCAGACAUUUAUGUUCUCUGAAGUGCAAUAUUUAUUGAAUAUGUCCGUGCCUAAAGAACGUACGUAGACCCUGUUUAACCUGUUGAUAUAUCAGUAAAGGAUUGUUUGUACUGAAGCGGCAAAAACUACAAUUAUUACUGGAAGUAUUUUUGAAAUUAAUCGCGUUAUCUUCUUUUGUCACCACUCAUUAUUAAUUAAGUCUGAAUUGGUUAAAAUCAAAUCCAGUUUCUCUGAAACAGAAUAAGUGUAUACAAAUUUAUAUAUAAGUUGUGAUUAUUUGCGUCUCCGAAUGCGAAACUGCCCGAAACUAGUUUUAAUACGUAAUGAAACGUAGACCAUGCAAAAAACAAAAUUUUCAAGUGUUUGCUAAAUCUCGGAAUAUUUUAUUCCUACGAGUAAAAUUUUCUUCCUUUUCUAUAUGAAUCUUUUUAUGUUGUAACAGUAACAAACUGAGGUUAAUAAACAAAAAAACUGAGGUCCUUAUUUUUUUGGGAGGUGACAGCUUCCAAAUAACUUGGCUGACCAAUAAAUAAAAUUUGUCUUUCGGGGGGAAAAUUGUCUAUAUUUUGAAAUACAGUCAAAGAAGCAGCUUAAAUACGGCGGACAUCUUCGCUAUAAAUUAUUGUUUGGAUUUGCAUUUAAUCGGUACUUGUUGCAGUUAUGUGAUGAUAAUAGUCGGUAAAGCAUUAACUCAAGCCAUUGAAAAUUUCAGAAGGAAUAAAGAAUGUAUCUGAUUCUGAAUUAUUAAUAUUUUCUUGUCUUAAUGAUAUUAAACUUGCCGUUCAGGUAUUCUUAGUUAUUCGUUAUUGUACUGUAUAAUAAUAUUUUUUAAUAUAAAAAUCAGUUCAUGUUUUAGUAGCACAAAUUUUUUUUACUUUCCUUGCUAAUAAUAAUAUCUGUGACAUUGACAUUUGCUUCCCUGUAUUUACUACAUUUAUUAUAUAUCACAGUGAUAAUAUUAUUAAUCUCGAGUAAAUGUCAUAAUAUUUAUAGAAGCUCGCUUGCCUUCAAUUAAAUUCUGUUUUAUCUCGUAAGUCUGGAGAUCAGCGAUGAAAUAAAUAACAUUCUAUAGUCAAAUAAUGAAAUACCCAAGUCAAGUGAAAUGUUAAAUGGUACUCUUUUUUUAAACCAGAAGCUGAAACUCUGUUUUGAUUCAUUCUGUUCAGGUUAUUACAUACACUGAGGAACAGAAGAGCUUUGCAAGGUUAAUUGGGGCAUGGUCAUGGAAGGCCCGAGUAGCAUAGUAUUCUGUACCUUUGACGCGUGUUGAUUUACAUAUCUCGGGGACUAAAAUGAUUUUUGAUCUUUUUAGAGUCAUGUUGAAUAUUUAGACCCAAGAUAGUCGAGUACGAUUUGAGGUUUUCACGCCUUUAUUCUAAAGAUGGUUGUCUUCCGGGUUUUAGUGCCAUGCAGCCUGGUAGAAGUUUACCUAUAAUUCAGAGGUCUUUUCUACCUCCAUCAUCAGGACUUAUUGCCCUGAUGAUGGAGGCUGCAGGAACCUCUGAAAUGUUGGUAAACUACUACCAGACUACAAAGCCCUACAACUCAAAAGACAACCCAUCUUCAAGUUAGUUGAAUUCCUAAAGCACAAUAAGAAGUAUGAAACUCGCUGUAAACCAUUCUUGGUUUCCGGCCGGUAUUCAUAAACCUGCAAUUGCCUAUUCCAGGAUUUGAGUUUGAAUCACUUAUAGUGAAUAUAAUUAUUCUUGAAGAUUUCUGUC